AGAAAAUGGGUAAAGGAGGGAAGUCUCAUGGAGAGGAAGAACAUUGUGACAACAUGGCUGCUUGGCUUCUUGGUAUUAAUACGCUCAAGAUCCAACCUUUCAAUCUUCCUGCUCUUGGACCCCAUGAUGCGAGAGUUAGGAUGAAGGCAGUUGGUAUAUGUGGAAGUGAUGUUCACUACCUCAAGACCUUGAGAUGUGCACAUUUCGUAGUGGAAGAGCCAAUGGUGAUUGGGCAUGAGUGUGCUGGGAUCAUAGAAGAAGUUGGGAGUGAGGUGAAGCAUCUGAUUCCUGGUGACCGAGUGGCACUGGAACCAGGGAUUGGUUGCUUUCAGUGUAGUCUUUGCAAGGAAGGUCGAUACAAUCUCUGCCCUGAGAUGAAAUUUUUUGCCACUCCACCAGUUCAUGGUUCUCUUGCCAAUCAGGUGGUGCACCCAGCGGACCUGUGCUUUAAAUUGCCUGAUAACAUGAGCUUGGAGGAAGGAGCAAUGUGUGAACCGUUAAGUGUUGGUGUACAUGCUUGUCGCCGAGCAAAUAUUGGUCCAGAGACAAACGUGUUGGUCAUGGGAGCAGGGCCUAUAGGCCUUGUCACCAUGAUGGCAGCUCGUGCUUUUGGUGCACCUAGAAUUGUCAUAGUGGAUGUUGAUUAUUAUAGGUUAUCUGUUGCAAAAGACCUUGGUGCAGAUGAAAUUGUUAAAGUUACAACAAAUAUGCAGGACAUAGCUGAAGAAGUGGAACAGAUACAUAAAGCUAUGGGAGCUGGAGUGGAUGUGACGUUUGAUUGUGCUGGCUUUAAUAAAACUAUGUCAACAGCCCUUAGUGCCACUUGUUCCGGUGGCAAAGUGUGCCUUGUUGGUAUGGGCCACAAUGAGAUGACUGUGCCGCUCACUCCAUCUGCUGCAAGGGAGGUGGAUGUGAUUGGCGUCUUCCGAUAUAAGAACACAUGGCCAUUGUGCAUUGAGUUCAUAAGAAGUGGUAAGAUUGAUGUGAAGCCACUCAUAACUCAUAGGUUUGGGUUCACCCAGAAGGAAGUUGAAGAAGCUUUUGAAACCAGUGCUCGUGGUGGCCAAGCUAUUAAGGUCAUGUUCAAUCUGUGAGCUCUCUACACCAAGGCCAAGGAAAUUUAUAUACCAUGUAAAGUCUGUAUAAUAAAUAACUGAGGUUAUCAAUAAACAGACUGUCUUAUCUCUUGGUUAAACUCUUCUUUUCUAAUUAAGUUUGGAUGUCUCUUGUCCUUGGGUACAA